AACAAAGGAAACAAGAAUUAAUCUAAUGAAGUUAAGCAAUGAAAUGUUACUCGAACAAUAUGAAGAAAGUGAAUGAAUUUGCAAAACUUGAAAAGAAUUAAUCGAGCAAAGUGAAAGUAUACAAAGAGAUUAAAAAAAAGAAAAGAAAAAAAAAACUAUUAAAAUCAAGAACAAGAGAUAAUUUGUGUGUUUUUAAGUAUACAAUCUGUGCCUGCUGCAUAGGCAUAUAUAUAUAUAUAUAUAUACAUAAAUACAUAUAUGCCCAUUGAGUGCCUUAUAUCGUUUGAUAACAAUACUCAAGGUGUUUAUUAUGCUGGUCAGGAAUUAUCUGGCGUUGUCGAUCUCACUGUUGAUACCACAAAACGUGUUAAAGCCAUACACAUCACGGUCAAUGGUUAUGCCAAGAUACGCUGGAUAAAAAAGGGUUAUCCGCGUGAUAGUGAACGAGCCAUGUGUCGUGCGUAUCGUUCGUAUUUGUCGUCGCGUUCGUAUGUGCUUGGUUCUUGCGGUAGCACUACUUCCACUGAUUGGAUUGCUGGUGAAUAUUCGUAUACUUUUCAUGUUAUACUGCCGGAAAAUCUGCCGACCUCGUUUGAUGGUAAAUACGGUCAAAUACAUUACGAAAUUAUAACGACUAUCGAUCGUUCGGGACGUUAUCCAAAAGUGUACAAAUUACCAUUUACGGUUAUACAACCGUUAGAUUUAAAUACCGAUAACAUCUAUAGAGUUCCAUUAGAUAUAUUAAAUCGUAAACGUUUCUGGAGUUUUUGUUGUCCAACCGGACCGUUAACGGUGAAAUUUUCAACUCCUUAUUGCGGUUACGCGCCUGGGCAAAAAAUUCAUUUCGUUUUAUAUAUUAAUAAUGAAUCCUCCAUUGAUAUUACCCAUUGCGAUGUUAAGCUUAAACAAGAGGUCACCUACGAAGCCCACGAUCCUCAUCACGAAUUGCGUUACGACAAGAAUAUGAUAGCACGUAAAGAUUUUGGUAAUGUUUUACGUUGGAGCCGUCGAGUAUAUCGUGAUUGUUUGGAACUGCCAUCCAUACCGCCCACAUCGUUAAAGACCUCAUGUCCCAUUACGGUCGGCUAUGUCAUUAAAAUUGGCGUGAAACCAACGGAAUUCCAUCGAAAAAUGAAAUUAAAAGUUCCAGUAACAAUCGGAAGUAUUCCCAUAAUGGAUAACUCGGACAAUUUAACAGCCAACAAUAAUAAUAUUGUCGCCGAUAGCAAUGACAGCCACAAUAGUAGAAACGCUGUCAAUGGUGUUGUGACGAGAAAUGAAAGUCUUAGUGCUAUUGUCAGUAUUGAUGAGAGAUACGAUGAAAGAGUUACUCAUACGUUGGCACCUCUCUCAAGACUCGAAGACGGCUUGGAUACCGAAAAUUUCAAUACACCCAUAAUACUUGUGACGGAUGUAGACAAUCCUCCAGACUAUGUAUCAAUGAUGCCACCGUCUUAUGAAGAAGCAGUAGGAUUCAGUCAAAGUUUUUUCGACGAUACCGAAUACCAAGAAAACGUGAGCAUGUCCAGUUUGGUAGUGGCCGAUAAUAAACACGAUACUUUUAAGCCGCGGUAUCCAGUUUAUUACAAUUACGAAACACCUAUUAUACCGCCCGAAACCCUUUACGAUGAAAUCCAUACUCAGGUUCAUCAUGAUACGGCCUUGCAUACGGACCUAAACACCAUGGAUAUAAAUGCUUAUACACAAAAAAACAUUUAAAAAACUUAGAAUUUACCAUAUAUUUCGUAUAUA